UUGACCAUUCAGGAGACGGUAAAACUCCCGGAUAUGCUUCGGGAUAGGAAAGCGUUACGCGGACCUCGCGGACCAUUAUGGCUUGAAUGAAUCGACGGUACGAUACAUCAAGACGGACGAAAAGAAUAUGAGCCACCGCAUCACUUUCCAAGCGGCAAUGGGAACCAGGCAGACAAAAAUGGCAGCGCUAACGUGAACUUCAUGACGGCCCGUGUUGUCUUCGUCCAUAACCAUCAAAGCCCGCCGUCUGCAAGGCGAUUAUUACGGUCUCCGGCGCUGCGGACGCAGCCUUCAUGAAGGCGGCUCGCUCCGCACGAUCUGGCAACCUCUGAGGCUCCAUCAGCGGACAGGAGGCAGCGUCCGCCGCGAAGAUGCGCCCAUCGCAGCGCUAUGUGUCGACUGCCUGACAUCUCAGCAGCCCUUCGCCGGCUGCCACCGUACCAGCAGGUAUUUGGCGAGGAGUUCCGACGGACCUCUGCUGUCUAAUGGUCUAACGUCUUCAGGAAGUCAGCUCUGCCUGUUUGAGGAGCAGACACUGGACAGGAAGUCCCGUCCAACCGAGGGCCACCAGCACAGCAUGCUGCGUCAAGCCCUGAUGUUCAGUCCAGCCCCCCCCCCAGCCUGUGCAUGUCACCUGAGAUCCGACCCCCUAUCCAUCACAUGCGUGCCUUUGAUGAUCCCGGAUAGCGAGGGCCUUUCCUGGGGGCUGCGUCUCACAGGAAAACGCCAGCCUGCUCAUGGGGGGCCGCGGAUCCUGGCAUGUGUCAGCGGAGCAAUUCCCACCAUCGCCUGAUGUGACCUUUCUGUCAUGAACUUCCGUGGCGUUCCCAAGGCGCUCCGGGGUCAGCUGUGGGCAGCUCACAUUCACGCUGGUCCGUGGUGGCUCGCUGCCACUAUGAGGCUGCUGUGGAAGUAUCUGGACAAAAUGAGGUGUUUCCGGAAGCGCUCGGUCAUCCCCCUCCUGGGGGCGCUGGUCACCAUCCUCCUCUUCCUCAACCUCUACAUCGAGGAUGGUUACGUGCUGGAAGAGGACAAAAGGCAACUGAGAGAAUCAGCAGCGCACCAGCUGAACUCUGAACGAUAUGUUCAUACAUUUAAAGAUCUUACCAAUUUCUCUGGCACUAUCAAUGUCACAUACAGAUACCUGGCCGGGUCGCCUCUGCCACGAAAGAAGUAUCUGACCAUUGGACUAUCAUCUGUAAAGAGGAAAAGGGGAAAUUACCUAAUGGAGACCAUCAAGUCCAUUUUUGACCAGUCCAGUUACGAGGAGCUGAAGGAGAUCGUAGUGGUAGUGCACCUGGCAGACUUUGACUUAGCAUGGUGUGAAGGUCUCGUGCAGGACAUCUCCCGGAAGUUUGCUCACCACAUCAUUGCGGGGAGACUGCUGGUGAUCCACGCUCCUGAGGAAUACUACCCAUCUCUGGAUGGACUCAAGAGGAACUACAACGACCCUGAGGACAGGGUUCGGUUCCGCUCAAAGCAGAACGUGGACUAUGCCUUUCUCCUCAACUUCUGCACCAACCUGUCUGACUUCUACAUGAUGCUGGAAGAUGACGUCCGAUGCUCUAAAAACUUCUUGACAGCCAUGAAGAAGGUCGUCACCUCCAGGGAGGGGUCCUACUGGGUCAUGCUGGAGUUCUCCAAACUGGGCUACAUCGGCAAGCUCUACCACUCCAAGGACCUGCCCCGGCUAGCCCACUUCCUGCUGAUGUUCUACCAGGAGAUGCCCUGCGAUUGGCUGCUGAUUCACUUCCGAGGUCUGCUGGCCCAGAAGGAUGUCAUCAGGUUCAAACCAUCGCUGUUCCAGCACAUGGGAUACUACUCCUCAUAUAAGGGUGUAGAGAACAAACUGAAGGACGACGACUUUGAGGAAGACUCCUUCGACAUCCCAGACAACCCCCCGGCCAGUCUGUACACAAAUAUAAAUGUGUUCGAGAACUACGACCCCACCAAAGCGUACAGCAGCGUGGACGAGUAUUUCUGGGGCAAAUCCCCCUCAACUGGAGAUUUCUUUGUCAUCAUGUUCCACAAAUCGACCAGGGUCAGCAGAAUCAGGAUCGUCACAGGGACCGAUGACAGGCAAAAUGACAUUUUGCAUCAUGGAGCCUUGGAAGUUGGGGAGAAGUUGGUUGGCACCAAAAAAGGCAAGCAGUGCUCGUCAUAUAUCACGCUGGGGGAGUUUAAACACGGAAACAUCGAGGUUCAGAAUGUGCACCAUAAGAUCUCAUUUGACAUUGAAUGUGUGCGAAUUGUGGUCACUGCUAGUCAGAAGGAGUGGCUCAUUAUCAGGAGUAUUAGUCUUUGGACUGCGCCUCCUGCAGGUCACUAAAUGCUCUGCAGUCAUGUGAUGGCGAUAACCCUAAAUUAGCAUUCAUUUGUCUAUUUACUUGAUUACUAAUUAAUGCUGUACCACAAGAAUGCAACAGAAUCCCGACGAUGACCUUAAAAUGAAAAUGCAUUUGGAAUAAAUCUCACAGCCGGCUUGGGCCAGCUGACAGUAAAUGUCACUGUUGAGGAGACGCACGUCACUUUGAAAUCCCCCCAAAAACAGAGUAAUAUCCGUCGUUUGGUUUAGUUUUGGUUUGUUUGUGAUGAUCACUUAGUCACCCAAGGCCUUUCUGCCGGCUAGCUGAGUAAUUCGCCUGCCGUGUGAAAGGAAUCCUGUGACUUUUCUGCACAAAGAGUUUGUCCUUACAUCACGCUGGUGCUGAAAAUAGGCUUUGGCACAAAUGUGAAACAGGCCGACUAUUUCAUGUUUACGUCUCUCACUUGGACCUUUGAACGGACAGGUGACUCAAGUGUAUUACUGGAGACCAGUGAAUUAAUGCACAACUGCUAAGCAGGUGGACCUGGUGGUACUGACAGGCAGCCGUGAGCCGGUAAAUCAGACAGCACCUCGUGUACAGAAUCACCUACUGGGCGCCUUGUUCAAUCUCUCAGAAUCACCCUCCAUCCCAAGCUUUAAUUACCAGCUUCACGACUGGGCUCCACUGCUGUUGGUUCUUCCUUCUCUGCUGCACACGUUCACCACCCAAUGUUUAAAUGCAUCGCAUGCGGUAACAACAGUACCUUAGUGAAGUGUGAUUACUGUGCACUCCUGCAUCACGUAGGAGAGUCUUUAGACAAAGAAGAUUUAGAUUUUGCGAGAGUCCAAAGGGAACAUACCUGAUGUUGCUACGAAUGCCACACAGCAAAAGAAAGAAAGAAACCUGUUUAUGGGAUACCUACGUUCCUCAGGAAUUGCUAUGUGGUACUUCUGCUGUCUUGGAAUGUUGACAUAGCAUCUAGUUUGUCAACAGAACCUCUUCACUGCUGUUCCUUAUCCUUAGAUAUGUCAUAUGUGUUUAUUUAUGUGGCUUGAUACACAGAUCUGUAGUAUAUUAGCAUGAACCAUCGUAUUAACUGAAGUCCUGAGGAGGUAUUUUAGCAGAUAUUGAGUCACGGAGACAUUGCUGUUGUGACAUUUCACACUUGAGUCUCAUCGGAGCUGGAAGAAGGUGGGCACUUCAUUUGUUUAUGUUUACACCGGGUGACUCACUAGGGGCAUCUCAAAGCCAUAUAAACGACGAAAAGCAACAGAUUCAUUGAAAUUCAUAAUGGAACAUGGUAAACGUGGCGCGGGACGGAGGUUUGUCUUCCAAAUAAAACUGAGUGAUGUCGCGUGGUGUCCUGCAUGUUACUCGGGGCUGUGGGGCCUCAGGGGCCCGCCUCAGGGGCCCGCCUCGUGUCACUCUUUGCUCCUAUGGAAAACCGCUCGUCCGGUUUAUGUAUUUCUACCUUACAGCUGCGGAUGGUGCUUCUCAUGCACCGAGCGGGUCGCCAAACAGGACAGGACCUGCCAAGCUGUAAAGUGUUUUUGUGUGCUUUUUUCCACGUUGUAUGUAACACUGUACUGUAUGUAUAUUGUAAAAGGAUAAUUACAUAUAUUUUUUUACAUAUGUAUCAGUGUAGUCGUGGCUUUGUACAGACGAGUACUGUAUUUAAUUGUAGUAUAAAUGGUGUUUAAACCAGACGAUUGACAUGACCACAAACAAAUCUACCGGCACUGUCCAAUGGCCAAGCAAAGCACCAACGUAACAGUUACAUCACCGGACAGAUUAACCAAUGAAAAUCAACGUGAGAGUGAUCCAAUCAGAUUAACGGUGUUUACAAGUCAAAGAUUGCGACUAUCGAUCAUGUACAGUGUUCUGGUAUGCGCAGCGGUUUUCCUGUGAGUUUACUUGUACUCAUUGUGUAUUGAUACAGAAUUUAAUGUCAGACAUGCUUGUAUUUUGAUACAAAAAAAAAUACAAAAGACAGUCGAAACACUGGAGUGAAACUGAUUAAAAAUA